CAUGGCAAGUUUGUCAACUGUGGGCUCCGAAGCCAGCUUCCUGCUGCCCCCCAAGUGACGGCAUUGCAGGGUCUGCCCUCCAAGGCGGGCAGCUCCUACUACGACCUGGGCCCUCUGCAAAAUGCGCCCCCUCAGGCCAGGGAGAAGCUGGCUGUGGCCAGGCUGCAGAGAGAAGUUGCCCAAAGGACAAGCCAAGGGGCCAUGCACGAGAAGCUGAUACGUGAGCUGGAAGAGGAACGGCACUUGCGGCUGCAGAGUGAGGAGAGGUUGCGGGAGGUGACCCUGGAGUCAGAGCGCAACAGGAUCCAGAUGCGCGGCCUGCAGCAGCAGUUUUCCAGAAUGGAAGAAACUGUCCGAAGUCUGUUGCAGAGCCAAGGAUCUCAAGAGCAGAAAAAGGAAGAACAUGCCAAGAUCACAGCCUCCCAGGAAAGACUGACUGAAGGAGACAGAAAAGAGCAAGCAUCACCGGGUGAUCUCCACACGGCGGCCGAUGACGACUCAACAAGUGAACACAGUAGUGUGGAAGAGAGGAAAGAAGACAGCACACUGCUCCUGAAGAGACUGAAGGCUCUGGAGGCGGAGAAUUCAGCACUGGCGCUGGAAAAUGAGAAUCAGAGAGAACAGUAUGAGAGAUGUCUUGAUGAGGUAGCCAACCAAGUUGUUCGAGCUCUGCUCACUCAAAAGGAUCUAAGGGAGGAAUGUGUAAAGUUGAAAACAAGAGUGUUUGACUUGGAGCAACAGAACCGAGCACUCAGCAUCCUGUUCCAACAGCGAGUCAGACCGGCUUCUGAUGUCCUCCUCCAGGAACACCUCCAGAAUGCAAAAUCAGGAACCCCUGCCUUGAAACACUCUGGCUCAGGGUUUGUCAUCCCUGAUCACCUCUGUCCUCGAAACAGCUGUAGCAGCAGCGGCAGCGAGCUGUCGCUGUCAAGCACCUGCAGCGAGUACUCCAGUGGCUCCUCCUACACGUGGCAAGACAGGAAGCUCAUUGGGAAAAGGCAAUCAUCACGGAUCUGGGAUAAAAGACUGAGUAUCGAUUCUUCACUCCCAAGCGGGUUCGCCAGCCCUGCAGAUGAACUACCUCCAACCCGUAUCAAAGAAAGCCACAUUUUGGAAGGACUGAGGAAGCUACAGAGUCGGAAAGCAUUCCUUGAGUCACCAUCAUCAGUGAUAAGCAAAUGGGGUUAUAAAGAUUGCAUGAACUCCAACGAAGGCAUCUAUUCGCCAGGAAUUAAAAACAGCAGCCUCAAGGAAUAUCCGCCCUGCCAACCACCUGGCAUGGGGAUCCCCGGCCAGAAUCUCCAUCAGACCUUCAUCUGUGAUGCAAAUUCUCAUGAGGAUGCACAUGAAGACUUCCCGUCAUCAGCCUUGCCACUAAUGGCUCCAAGCCAGGGCUGUAGGAUACAGGGCAGUAAAUUGACGCACAGCAUUUCAGACAGUCUAUUUAACUGGGAGCCACAUAGAAAAUACUUUGCAGAAGGUACGGUCUCAGUUCAUACCAGGGAAAUGCCUGAAAGGCUAGCUCGUUGUGCCAGCCACUGCCCCUUGGAGAGGAAGCUAUGCUCCAGCAUUCACCUGCCCUGGGUGCAAAGAGAUAGGGACCCACACAGCCAAGGUCAUGGCCGAGUGCCUCGGAACCUUCAGCUUUCUGAUACUGAUGACAAUGAAACCCUAAAUGAGCUGCACAUAGAGAGCAGCGAUGAGAGAAGCCAUUCAGACCUGUCCUUGACUGGGGACACCGACAAGUCCAUGGAGACCCUAGAGGUGGGAUUCGGAAAGUCUGAAUGUGGCCCUCGUGAUCUGGGGGAAGGAGAAUGCCCCACCCACUUGGAGCCUAGCGCAAAGGCAUUCAGCGUCAUCAAGCAGCAAAGGGUUAUCAAGAGGACCUCUUCAGAAGAAUGUGUCAGGGUCAUAUUUGAUGCAGAAAAUGGAGAGCUGGUGGAAUUCAGCUCUCACCAGGCUGGAGUUGUCACUGUCACCAGGGAUGAAGUUUCCAUCAGCUCAGCCCCUGCUGGGCCCUCAGGAGAACUCACUGAACUUUCACCUCAGGGAAUUACUCACUUACAGGCAGGAGCUACUGCAAGAGACUAUCCUUUUCUGAAGAGACCUGAAGAGGAGACUGAGAAGAACAUUCCAAAAGAUGAAAACAGGAUUCUCACAGCUCCAAAUGAUUCCUUCAGCUCUCGGACUAUAGUAACUCAGAAUUCCCCACGACCAAAGCUUGCCAAACCAACACAAGGGGUAGCCUGGCAGAGUAAUUCUAGACCUGUUGCAAACAUGGGUGUCUAUGCAAAGCAAGGUCUGACAAAAAUUCCUUCCAGAGGCAAGUCUUCACCUCAGAAAUCCAAACUGGUGGAGCCUCGGCCCACCAUGCUAGUCCCCUCCAGUUCUCUAGUGACUCUUGAAAAGACACCAGCAUCCCCUACGGGGAAACUCUUACAAUGUAUAAAAGCAGAGAGCCCUGGUUCUCUCUGUGAUAUACAACCAGAAUCACACAUUCCAAAACACCCCACCCAGAUUCCUCAUAUCUCCAAAAUUUCCAAUAAAAAGAACUGGGUUCAAUCCCCCAAGAGUCAGACUGCAGGGAUCCAAUCAAGGCAUCCCAUGGGUAGAAGAGACAGUGGUGAGUCCCCCAUGAGGACCAGAGGCCGUAGCUCUGAGACACAGACAAGAAUGAGGUCUCCUUCCCCUCCAACUCCUCCAGGGAGGUCAGUGUCCCUCCUGGUUAGACCCAGUUAUGACUAUCCACCACCACCAUCACCUGUCCCUGGAGACAAUGUAAGUCCAGGGUGGAAAGGAUCCUCUGCCUGUCUUGUCUCUUCCAGUCCAGCUAUGUCAGAAAUACAGAAGAAGAAACCAUCUGUGGCCUCCAGAAAGUCUACCUUCCCUCCAGCUCUUCCCUCGACCCAAGCAGUGGUGCAUACCCAGUACCCUGAGCACACAUCCUCUAGCCCAUUUGCUGUGAUGGCUUCAGGGCCUCCAAAAGUCUCUCCAAAAAGAGGCAUCCCUAAACCUCCCACUCACCACGCACUUGGAACCUCCCACAUGGACACAGACUUACAGACAGCCAAGACUUGUCCUUCAAGCUGUGAACUGCUAGAGGUGACAUCCUGUAAAAGCUUGUCUCCAGGGAGAAAAAGACAGUUGAGUGACAGCACUGUGAUGCCCCACAGGCCUUCAUUCUCAGGGACGAAUGAGUCCCUGACACCUCAGGUUAACACUCCAUCCUCCUAUUCCUCAUCCUGUAGAAACCAGGGCACCUCACAAGGUGACCAAAACCCUCCCGAGAAAGGACCGAAAACUCGCCUCCCAGUAGGCCUCAAAGUUCUCAUGAAGUCUCCUCAGUUGCUCAGGAAAACUUCCAUGGUACCAGGGAAACAAGAAAAGGAUAGUUUGAAUGAAGCAUCUCGGAGCUCUGUGUCAGCAGCAAACAAAUCUAAUCCUGAGGACUCCGAAGACCCUGCAAGUCUGGAGACCUCAAGAUCUGAGAGAACCGCAGCCUCACUAGGUCUGAGAGGUCCAGACAGUCUAGCUAGAGGACUUGCCUUAGAGUCAACACUGCCAGAGUCGUUGGAAAGUAGCAUCUCCAGAGAUGACGGAAGAGACGGGGUAGACAGCAGAGCCAUAAAAAGAUCCUUCUCCUCUAGCAAGCCACACCUAAAGCCUGCUCUAGGCAUGAAUGGAGCCAAAGCUCGGAGUCAGAGCUUUAGCAUCCACUUGGGAGAGAAGCCUUCCACACCCCCAACAGAAGGGCCAGGCAAGAUUCGAACUCAGAUUAUCACCAACACGGCUGAGAGAGGCAAUUCCCUCACCAGACAGAAUAUCUCAAUGGAAGGGUCCCCAAGCGAGACUCCCUCUAUCUCAACAUCUGAUAAUCUGCCCAGUGCUGGAAGGCCUCUGGGAAACCCCCUUUCCAGGCAAGGUUCUCUCUGUAGCACGGGGAGUCCUAGCAGUCAGCAUGGAAGCCCAAGCAAGAUACCUUUGAGGAUGUUCAUGAGGCCAGAAGGACUCCUCCUUCCUGGAGUGGAAGACCAACAGUUCUCUACUCAGGAAGACUGUCCUGGGAGCGAGGUACAUGAGCAGACCAGCAGUGGCCCCCAUCAGCAGCCAUCUACUCUGUCAGAAUGCCCUCAAUCCCUGCAAGUUCCAGGGAGGAUGCAGCAUCCAAGCGACUUGGAAACAAGUGGGAUCUCUAAGCUAGAAACUUCUGGAAGGCAUCCAGAUGCUUCUCCGACUGGGACUACUGUCGUGAGCCCAGAAGCCCCCCUCUCACCCUCCAUCGAAGAAAAGGUCAUGUUGUGCAUUCAGGAGAAUGUGGAAAAAGGCCAAGUACGGACAAAGCCCGCCUCUGUGGAAGCGAAGGCCAGGGCAGGGCCUUCAUUCACCAGCUGGUUUGGUUUUCGAAAGAGCAGGCUUCCAGCUCUCAGUAGCAGGGGAACGGAAGCUUCCAAGACUAAAGUGGAAAAGAAGGACACAAAACUGAAAUCUGAGAGGAAAAAGGAGAAGAAGAAAGCUGAAGUACAAUCGAAGAUAGAAAACAAACUGAGUAGGGGUACCAAAAAGGCAGAUGGUCAGAGUGCAGACGAUGGAUUGCAAAGCACAGAGAGUCUGAAAGCAUCCCAAGACAUUUAUAACCAAAUGAAGUCAGAGCCAAGGAAUAGACUCAGCCCCUCUGUGUGCCCAACAAAAGAUGCCUUCAUGACAGAACUUCUAAACAGAGUUGAUAAGAAAGCCGCUGUACAGACAGAGAGCGGAUCAAAGGGUGUUUCCUGCAGGAGCGUGUUAGAGGGCACCUCCCAGGGCUCCUGUUUCGCCAGCGGCUCUGUGAGCACUCAAGGAAGUCAAAAGAAAAACAUCAAAACCAAAGUCGAUAUGGAAAAACCAAGAGAAUCCUUGGGGGCAGAGGUCGAUGAGGAUGUACGAGAUGAAGAGGACAGAGCCGCUGAUGUUGCACUCCAGAGCCACAUGAUAGAAUCGAACUGCCAGAUGAGAACAUUGGACAGUGGGAUUGGAACCUUCCCCCUCCCAGACUCAGGAAACCGCUCAACGGGACGAUACAUAUGCCAGCAGGACUCUCCAGAGGACACGGAUCCCCUCCUGCCUCUCCAGCCAGCCCCUUCCAUGGCAUCCUCUGCCAGAGCCCAAACCCUUGACCGCGAAGUGCCUUCCUCCACAGACAGCCAGAGCUCCUCGGAGUCCACCAUCGUCCAUUCCAUAUCUGACCCCAGCAUGACGGCCAGAGGGAUGAAAGCCUCACAGAGUCACCUUCCCAAGGCCACCUCCUCAGGAAAAACUAGUUUUGAAAAGCAGAAUGGAGCAGAGUCCAAGGCCCACACUGGUCCGUCAUUUGAAUAUGCUGAGGAUGCAAUGACAAGUGAGCCCCUUUCAGGAUGGACUGGUGAAGAUGCUUCUACAGAGACCCAGGAACUGAAACAAGUUGAAGAAACAAAAGACGAUCCUGAGAAUAGAUUAUCUGAAAUUUCCCUGGAGUCAUUCAAUAAAUUUAACAGCAAUACUGUGAUUUUAUUAGAAAAAGAGAAGUCUUCAAGUGAGGUUGAAGGACAAAAGGAAGAGAAAGGCGCUAAGACUGAAGUGUCUUCGAGUAGCUCCGAUAGGCCUGGGGUGGACCACGUGGAGUCUCUGAGCGACUCUCUGUAUGACAGCUUCUCUUCUUGUGCAAGUCAAGCUUCCAAUGACACCUAGAGGAGGAUCCCUCAGUGAGGCCCCGCACAGUGCACUAGGUGCCUGGGAAAACUGACUCCAGAGCUGCGGGAGGACUGACUCCAGGGAAGCUAAGAGCAGCCAGUGCACCAGCGUUUGCUCCUCUGGUGGACUGAUAAAGAUGGCCUCUACUUACUGUGUUUCAAGAGGAUGAAAAAGCAAAAUGUGAUGGAGAGUUCUCAAUGUUUGCACUUUUUUUGAAUAUUUGUAUAAAAGCUGUAAAUUUGUGGGGGGGGAAGAGAAAUUAUAUUUGUAGGGGGAGAAAGAUAGCAAUAAAAAGAGUCGGCUCUUGAAACGAUGCAUUAAGUUCUAGAAGUUGAUAAUAUAUUUUUUAAAAACCCCAACUAAAGAUUUUUGUGAACGUAAUCAUCUUGCUCCUCAAGUCAUUUAGUGCAUAUACUGUGUCGAUCUCAGCAUGAGGCCGGCAGAAAAGCCAGAGGGGUUGAGGUCAUCUGUUUCUCGAGGUCUCUCUUGAUUGCCGUUUGAGAGGUGGUCCAGUUUCCACAUUGUCUCAAGGAAGACUCAAGUUGUGAUGAUAUAGGUGUUCUGUUGAAGAAGUCAGCGUGGGCACGGAUUAGGUGGCACUGGAUGAUGCGGAAGGGAACAGAUCUUAGCAAGAUUCCCUCCCAACCUCUUUCAUCCUCUCCACUGUAUUUCUCACAAUUCCAAGUGUUUGUUGUUGUUGUUUUUUUUAAUCUCCUUGCUUUUAUUAUUAUUAUUAAAAACCUGGGUACUCUUUGCCAUAUCUACUUUAUAAAAAUAAAUGAAUGGUUGGUGCUAUGAUACUUUCUUACUUUUUAAUAUCCUUUUUUCUAUUAAAGACUGUUUAUAUGGGAGGAUAAAUUCUAUUUUAAAGGUUAUGUGUAUUUUUUCUAGACGUGAACUAUUUAUAAUUCCUUCUGUACAGAAGCCUACAGACCAGGCAGGGUAGAGCUAUGUUUAGGAUUUGUGCAGUUAUCUUAGCACACUUGUAUCUUUAUAGAGUAUUGUAUGACCAGUGUUAUUGUAUUUGUGCAAUUUGUUGUAUUUGGAUUUCAUUACCUUAAAUUCAAGCUGUGUAAAACAUCCUCCUUGUCUUUAAAAAAUAUCCCUUUGUUUCAUUUCAUUUCAGAAUAAAUGUCUUAUCACAAUUACACCCUCUAAGAGCAGAAAAGAACUUUGUUCAAGGAGAGGUUGGUCCCGUGAUUAUGUUAAUCGCGUCUCAC